AUGGAUAUUUCUCAAGUUCAGGCUUUAGAAAUUAAAGAUCGCAGAGCUGAAGCUCUAGGCAAUCUUCAAGUCCUCCCCGAUGAACUUAUCUGCUCUAUUUUAGACAAUCUCACUCCUCGCGAUGUCUCUCGCUUCGCAUGUGUUAGCAGUGUGAUGUACAUUUUAUGCAAUGAGGAACCACUGUGGAUGAGUCUGUGUCUUAACAGGGUCAACGGUCCGCUUCAGUAUGAAGGCUCCUGGAAAAAAACUGCACUGCAUCUAGAGAAUGUUCCAGAAGAAUAUCAAGAACGUUGCGGAAAACCACUUCAUUUUAAUGGGUUCAGCUCUUUGUUUUUGUAUAGAAGAUUAUAUAGAUGUCAUACGACUUUGGAUGGGUUUAAUUUUGAUGGUGGCAAUGUGGAAAGAAAGCAAGGCAUCUCUCUGGAAGAAUUUUCUCAAGAGUAUGAUGGGAGAAAACCGGUUUUGCUUACUGGAUUGGCUGAUACAUGGCCAGCACGGACUACAUGGACAAUUGACCAGCUUUCUCUGAAAUACGGAGAUACUGCUUUUAGGAUUUCUCAGAGGAGCUGUAAGAAAGUCUCAAUGAAAAUGAAAGAUUAUGUAUCAUACAUGAAUCUUCAGCAUGAUGAGGAUCCCCUAUAUAUUUUUGAUGACAAGUUUGGGGAAACUGCACCCAGCUUGUUGAAGGAUUACAGUGUUCCUCAUCUAUUUCAAGAAGACCUCUUUGAUGUCUUAGAUGGAGAGCAGAGACCACCAUUUAGAUGGCUUAUUAUCGGGCCGGAGAGAUCCGGUGCCUCAUGGCAUAUUGAUCCAGCACUCACCAGUGCUUGGAAUACUCUUCUAUGUGGCCGUAAAAGGUGGGCCUUGUAUCCUCCUGGAAGGGUACCUUUAGGUGUCACCGUGCAUGUUAAUGAAGAUGACGGUGAUGUCAAUAUCGACACACCAUCAUCAUUGCAGUGGUGGUUAGAUUUUUAUCCACUUCUUGCUGACGAAGACAAGCCAAUUGAGUGUACCCAACUACCUGGGGAGACAAUUUUUGUUCCAAGUGGAUGGUGGCACUGCAUCCUGAAUCUUGAACCAACUAUUGCUGUUACACAAAAUUUUGUGAACUCCAGAAACUUUGAAUAUGUAUGUUUAGAUAUGGCACCUGGUUAUCGUCAUAAAGGAGUUUGCCGAGUUGGAUUGUUGGCUCUUGAUGAUAAUGGUCUUGAGGAUGUCAAAAUGAAUAUGGAAUAUGAUAAAGACAAUCUGAGUUAUGCAGACCUAACAAGGAAAGAGAAGAGGAUCAGAGUUCAAGAACCUGGCAAAGAUCCCAAAUAUAUAACAGCUGCUAAUGGUGCCUCUAAAAGGUACGAUAUGUGGAAACAAGAGUUUUCUUAUGAUAUAAAAUUCUUAGCCAUGUUUUUGGACAAAGAAAAAGACCACUACAGUUCUCCAUGGAGCUCAGGCAACAGCAUUGGACCACGAGAAAUGAGAGUAUGGUUGUCAAAGCUUUGGGUUGGAAGGCCAGGACUGAGAGAGCUGGUAUGGAAGGGAGCAUGCCUUACAUUACAAGCGGACAAAUGGUUAGAUUGCCUGGAAGAAAUUUGUGCUUUCCACAAUUUGCCUUCUCCAACAGCUGAUGAGAAGCUUCCUGUUGGCACGGGUAGCAAUCCUGUUUAUCUCCUAGCUGACUCUGCAAUUAAGAUCUUUGUUGAAGGAGGGUUGGAAGCUACAAUGCAUGCUUUAGGCACUGAGCUUGAGUUCUAUAGUCUGCUGUCCAAAGUUAAUUCCCCUCUGAAAAAUCAUGUUCCUGAAGUUUUGGCAAGUGGGAUUCUUUAUCUUGACAAUGGAGCUCUUAAAAUUGUGCCUUGGGAUGGCAAAGGAGUGCCUAUUGUGAUUGGUAACUGCAAUCUGAUUCCAGAAAAUUGCAAAGAAGAUGAUUUCCCUUUUGGUGUGUGGGGCAAGAAACAACUUGAAUGUAGAAAAGCCGGGUUGCCAAUGAAUGAGCCAAUAAAUUCUGCUGGAUGCACAAGCAUAUGGCCAUUUAUCAUAACAAGGAGAUGCAAAGGAAAGAUAUUUGCUCAAUUAAGAGAUAUGUUGUCAUGGGAAGAGGCAUUAAACUUGACUUCCUUUUUGGGUGAGCAGCUGCGCAACCUUCAUCUCUUACCCUAUCCAUCUUUAAAGAAGUCAACUUUCUCAGAUAUUGCACUAAAAGUAAAGUCGCCAUCUGCUGAUGGUUAUAUGGAGGAUAUUCCCUCACCAGACAUUCCUGCAGAAUGGAAAAUCUUCGUCACAACUCUAUACAGGAGAAAGAUGAAUGGGGAUCCCAUUCCUAGAGCCCUGAUAGAGAAAGUUGAUGAUUACAUCCCUGAUGAUUUUACAAAGCUGUUCAAUACAUACCAGGAUGAAAAUGGCAUGAACAGAAUCUGUAAGCCUUGCUCCUGGAUACACUUAGAUAUUAUGGAUGACAAUGUUCACAUGGAACUGUAUGGGAAUAGCUCAUGCUUGGGGGGCAAUGCUUCGGAUACUUGUUUGGCAGACAAUGGUUGCAUUGGCGGCUAUAGUGACAGUGAUGUUGAUAAAUCAUGGCGUCCUAGCCACAUUCUUGAUUUCAGUAAUCUUUCUAUUGGUGACCGCAUUUAUGAUGUGAUACCGAUAUACUUGGAUAUCUUUAGAGGCGAUCCCAGUCUCUUCAAGCUUUUCUUAGAGAGCUAUAAACUACCUUUUUUGAUAAGAAACCAGGAGGAAUCAACUGAUGGUGGUGACAAGUUUGGGAGACUUUCAUACCAUGCAAUGUGCUACUGUAUUUUACAUGAAGAGAACAUCUUGGGAGCUAUUUUCAGUAUUUGGAAGGAACUCAGAAUGGCUAAGUCAUGGGAAGAAGUUGAGCUGGCAGUGUGGGGUGAACUGAAUAAUUAUAAAAGUGUCGCUUGA